GUACGAUUCGUAGAAACGGAACGGCACGAGACUUUCUUUUUGUCCAGACCAGACCAAAGCAGACAACUGCCAACUGCCAACUGCCAAACUUCUUAUCAUCACCACUUAGUACUUUACCACUUAACUUCCGAACAACUCCAUAGAUACCCGCAUUCCUUUGUUGAGAGACUCCCCGCCGCUUUCGUUGAUCGUGUUUCUGAAAUACAUGACUUCGACUUUUUGCUAUUCGAAUCGGCAAACACGAUCAUCUUAACCACAAUCUCAUCAUCUUUUUUUUUUCAGGUCGCAUCAGGUCGAGGACGGGACUCAUCGCCUAUCCAUGACACAGCCCACCAACAUAUGACGCCUCGGGCACUCUGAAUGCUCCUGACGGCAACUACAACGUAUCCUAAAGGCUCUACCAUAUCUAGCCGACAGCGAGUCUUAUCAAGAUGCCUAUCGGUGAUCUCCUCGCCGAGAUUUCUGGCGAUAAUCCAUCCUCUGCCCCGACACCGAAGACACCUGCAUCGUCAAAUCUCAAGCGCAAAGCAGAAGAUGAUUCACAAAGUGCGACGUCGGUCAAGCUUGUCAAGUCACGACAACAGGAUGGCUCUUAUUCAGCAAAUAAGGUCGUACGCGAAGUGAAGAAUGAGCCUAUCGAUCGAACAAAGACUACCACGUCCACGUCAUCGAAGCCUUCAUCCCUCCCUCACCGUACAAAUUCACCGGCAACGAACGGCCGCUACGAACCUCCUGUGCCAACUGGACCGCGUGUAAUAGGUUCAUCGUCAAACGGCAGACCAACACCUGGAUCCAACACAACCCAGCCGAGGUCAUCCACAAGUACUGCUAUUCGACCAAAGCUGAGUUCAGCUUCUCUAGCAGCCGCUGCCAAGGCCCCUCUUGCUAGAUCAUCACCUACCACGCCUACCUCUUCCGAUCCGUCAAAACCACCGAAGAAGGGAUCAUACGCAGAGAUCAUGGAACGCGCAAAGAAGGCUCAGGCAAAGAUCGUGCCAGGAAAGGUUGGUGUGAUUCAACACAGAGCUAUUGAGAAGAAUCGACCUGUGAAGCCGGAACCAAAGUCUGGUAUGGCAAAGAACGCGAAUGGGAAAACAUACUCCGGAAGCGCCCGACCAUCUUCUGCAAAUCGUGGAGUGCCCAGAGCUGGAAUGGCAUCUUCUGAUGGUCGGAACGGUGCUUCGAAGAAUGUGGGUGGUAACACUAGUACUAAGGCCCGGCACGGUUCGCUCGGUGGUGAAGCGGAGAAGAAACUCAAGAAAGCUGCCACAGCCACUACAGGCUAUACUGGAACUGCUCGUCCUCGCCCCGGUGCAACAUCAGGAAAGUCAUCAUCAUCUAAGAAGGGGCCAUCUUACAAGGCUGGUGGUCUUCUUGCACCUCCUCGAUCUAAUCGACGAGACAAGUAUGAAGAUGAGUACGACGACGAUCUGGACGAUUUCAUCGAAUAUGACGAUGACGAAGACCCUGAUCCUCGACACUACGAUUAUGCAUCGGAUGGUUCGAGUGACAUGGAAGCCGGCCUGUCAGACAUUGACGUCGAGGAGCGACGAGCCGAGGUACUAGCACGUGAGGAGGACAAGAGGGAGCAAGCCCUAGAAGAAAAGCUCAGGCGUGAGAAGGAGGAACGACGACGACGCCUCAACGGAGGCCGAUGAACUCGCCUCCAAUACUCUCUUCUUGUUGCUCUGCGGAUGACCAAGGUUAUUCAACGCAGACAAUAGUGACGUCUUCGGCCUAGUUUUCUAGUUACAAUCACGGUUCGUGUACCUAGACGGAAAUUGCAUGGAAAAAGGCGUUUUAUGAUUUUCACACCCGCAGGGCUAAAAACCCGGAAGCAACGGCGUUCUUCAUGCAUAGUUGUGAGGUCAGGUCAUCAAAGGGAGUGAGUGGUGCGUUGGCUUGUACUUAAUUCCAGCAUAGCACAGCUUUUAGGUGCCCUUGCAGGAAAAUUUUUUGCAAGAAUUCCGAGCUUUGUACAUUCUCAGAAGGUUUAGAUGAUAAUUUGUAGUUAUUACUUGCUUGUGUCUUAACAACUAGUUCUAGA